GUUGGGGGCGCCCUCCGCGGCGGGCAGCGCGCCAGGGACCGGCCUCCGCAGCCGCCCGGCGCGCGAAGGCUGCGCUUUCCCUUCGGUUCCCCCCCCCCCGUUUCCUCCCGCGGGGCGGCAGCGGAGAUUUCCUCUCGGGGGUGUGUGGGGGGGAACUACGCGGAUCCUUCCCGGGGCUCCUCGCCCCGCCCCACUUCUCCGCCCCCUGCCCUCUGCUGGGGAGCCGGCGCUGGCCUGCGCUGGGGAGAGGCUCCGCAGCCUGAGCCGGGAGGUGCAGGGUCCCCGCCUCGCCCCGCCAUGUGACGCCGCCCUCCGCCCAGGGACCCCCGUCGCGCCCCCGGCCCGCCCGCGCUGGGGUGCGCCGGGCACCAUGCUUCUGCCUGGACACGCGCGCCCGCCGCCCGCGCCGCAGCCCGCGCAGCAUCCCGGACUCCGCCGGCAGGUAGAGCCUCCCGGGCAGCUCCUGCGCCUCUUCUACUGCACCGUCCUGGUCUGUUCCAAGGAGAUCGCGGCGCUCACGGACUUCUCCGGUAAGAAGCGCCCUCCCUCGCCCUGCGCCCCCCGGCGCCGCGGUGCGCGCCCAGGUUAUCUAACCAAACUCCUGCAAAACCACACCGCCUAUGCCUGUGACGGGGACCAUUUGAAUCUGCAGUGUCCUCGGCAUUCUACGAUAAGUGUCCAAUCGGCAUUUUAUGGGCAAGAUUACCAAAUGUGUAACACCCAGCAGCCUGCCUCCCAGAGGGAAGACAGCUUAGCCUGUGUGGCUCCCACCACAUUGCAGAAGGUGCUGGACGAAUGCCAGAACCAGCGGGCCUGCCACCUCCUGGUCAAUAGCCGUGUUUUUGGACCUGACCUUUGUCCAGGAAGCAGUAAAUACCUCCUGGUCUCCUUUAAAUGCCAGCCUAAUGAAUUAAAAAACAAAACCGUGUGUGAAGACCAAGAGCUGAAACUGCACUGCCACCCUUCAAAGUUUCUCAACAUCUACUCUGCGAGCUACGGCAGGAGGACCCAGGAGAGGGACAUCUGCUCUUCGGAAGGGGAGCGGCUCCCCCCCUUUGACUGCUUGUCUUACUCGGCUUUGCAAGUAUUAUCCAGGAGGUGCUAUGGGAAGCAGAGAUGCAAAAUCACGGUCAACAAUCACCAUUUCGGGAGCCCCUGUCUACCAGGAGUGAAAAAAUACCUCACUGUCACCUAUGCUUGUGUUCCCAAGAACAUACUCACAGCGAUCGAUCCAGCCAUUGUUAAUCUAAAACCUUCUUUGAAGCAGAAAGAUGGUGAAUAUGGUAUAAACUUUGACCCAAGGGAACCGACGCUUCUGAGGAAAGAUGGAGUUAUUGUUAGCAAUUCUCUGGCAGCAUUUGCUUACAUUAGAGCCCACCCAGAAAGAGCAGCCCUGCUCUUCGUGUCCAGUGUCUGCAUCGGUCUGGUGCUCACGUUGUGUGCCUUGGUCAUCAGAGUGUCCUGCGUCAAGGACCUCAGGGAUUUGCAGCUGGCGAGGGAGCCCUUGGUUCCAGAAAGUGACAAGGCUGAAGAAGACAGCGAGGAUGAGGAGGGGGAGGAGGACUCCUCGGACUCUGACUUUCCAGGGGAACUGUCUGGGUUUUGUAGGACUUCGUAUCCCGUCUACAGUUCCAUAGAAGCUGCGGAGCUGGCAGAAAGGAUUGAGCGCAGGGAGCAAAUCAUCCAGGAAAUAUGGAUGAACAGUGGUUUGGACACUUCACUCCCAAGAAAUUUGGGCCAGUUCUAUUGAAAAAGAGAUGCGUCUGGAUGCGACCACACUUUGUGAAGAGGGAAGGAUCCCAAAUGCCCCUCUGGUUCUGUUUCACUUGUACCUUCUAUGAAGGAAUAUUUGUCAUGUCAUCCAAUACUGGUGAAGCCAGAAGCUAUUAAAGGGACAUUUCACACUGUUUACAGCACAUUUCAAAAUAAAUUGGGAGGGAAGUC